GAGAAAUGAUACGAGGUUACAAAUCUUACAUCCACGCACCACCGGCCGGGCGCGGGUUGGGCCUAAAUUGGAGAAGCAAGCGGUGAAUCGAGGACGUACAGGAGGAGCAAAGUAGGAUGAUGCGUUCAAAGCAGGUGCUAUCAUUGUUCAAGAGCCUCCAUCGAACAAGACAGACAGUGUUCCAAGGAGAUGAGCCUGCUCUUAAUGCGGCACGAAAGAGAAUCAAUGAAGAGUUUGCCAAGAACAGACAAGAGACUGAUCCUGAAGAGAUCAAGCAGAUGAUUAAGGUCGGCGAGGAUGUGAACAUGUUAAUGAGGAAGACAAUAGUGCAGGCCAAGCUAAACGAAGCUGGGAGAUACCAGGUUCGCAUCACUGAAGAUACACUGAGAGAAGAAAACUCUCCCCUGCCCAGGAGAAAUCCACCCAAAACCCCCAAAGGCGACCAGUCCACCAAGACAAGGUGACAGUGGACUGUUCUGGUUGUAGAAUCAAACCUACAGAUCUUGUGAGCAUUACUGGAUUCCCAGACAGCGAAGACUACUGUUCUGUGUUGACCGUUGUUUACGUCACGCGUAUGGUUUCAGCGGAUGCAUGUUUGAAUCGGGAGGUGUAACUUUGGAUGUUGGUGGAGAGGUUUGAGGACAAAGGAUGGUGCCUUGCAAUAGUCACUAGGGUCACUGAGGUACUGUUUUUGUAAAUAUGUUGAGUUUUUAGAGCAAGGCACAAAACUAUCAGGGAUGGUCUCAUAUAUAUGAAACGAAGUUAUAGCUACCAGUUUCAAUUACUAUUUAGGCUGUAAAACCGACAAAUAUAAUGCAGAACAAUUAAACUUUCAAGUGUGUCACCUUGUCAAAGAAUUAUGUUUUUGCGGAAGACAUGUCUUUGGGGGACCUCAGUUAUCAAAUCAUAUCUUUGUCUCCCAGUACUUACUAUUUCCUGGUGGACUCUUUUUUCAUGUUCAUUUUUAUGUUUCAGAAGUUUAUUUGUCUUUGUUGACCUAUUUUAGUGAAAGAAAGCACUCUGAAAAAAACUGAUAAAUUGGAAAACGUGGGGCAAAAAUGUGGGAACGAUUGACUGGUUUCAGUUAUUUUUGUUUUCUUUUUUGGAAGUCAGUAAACAGAUUAUAAAUCUGAUUUUCUUGGAAUGUUGUGAAGAAAGUCCGGGUUUCAUUUCACAUUGCCCCAUGGAAGGGUUAACUCAAAAUUUAUAUUAAAAUAUACCCUACUAACCCACAUAGAUCAUUUUCAACCUUUUCAAGGUCGAUCAACCCUUAACCUCAGAAAGUGACAUUAUAGUAUAUUAUGUCUUGCCGGGAACGACUAAUGAGAAUAUUGGCAGCAGAGAUUCUGUUUCUGUUUUGGCUUGUAAUUUGCAUUGGAGAAAAUGAAACUUAAAUCACACUGCUUUGACAAGGACAUGCGUCAGGUUCACAGUGCACUUUUUCUAACCAAGGUAAUUGAAAUUUGGACCUAUUCCAAGAUGUCUGAUUGACAUCAAACUACAUUUCUGCAGUUGGGUCACCAUUAACCCUAACCCUCCUCAAUCCUUCACCUGUUGGAGGACUGAGGAGUGUUAGGGUUAAGUUACCACGAGGUGCAGUCCACACUGUGUUCAAUGUUAUAGUUGGGUCUAUUACAAGUCCCUGCUAGUCCAUCACAAGUUAUUCGGUCUUAAGGUGAGCAUUUUUUUAUAAGUUGGAGCUCAGAUCUUUUUUGAGACAGAGUUUUGAAGACAGCAAAAAAGAAAAGAUUUUCUACAGUCUCAAGAAAACCAAAUAAGGAUCUUCACGUUGGAGAGACAAAUAAAAUUUUCUUUCAAAAAAAUAAAGAGAAAAAAGUGGUAUCCCAAACCACUAGUGCCAGCAGGGGAGGACCGUGGACUUCAUCGUCAGUUGGACAAUGGAGCAAAAAAAAAUUAUUUCUUUAACUUUCAUCGCUAGAUUGUUGGUCGGCGGGUCCGAGACUUCUCAAAAUAAAAAUUAUUUCUUUUCUAGUUCUGAAUCUGGAAGGUUGGCAGAUCUGAGCGUCAACUUAAAAUAAAAUCUGGCCUGAGCCAAUGCACAAGCUAUUCAGGUGAACUGCAACCAAAGUAUCCCUCUGUAAUUGGUCACCUCCUCACUUGGUCUUGUGGAGGGACUUGUGAUGGAUUUAGCUGGAACACUGACUGUACACCACUGUGCUGCAUUUAAUUAAGCAUUAACAAGAGAAAAUUACCUAGCCUUAGAAAGAUUUAGACCUGCUGUUGCGUUCCCACUGGGCAAUGCACGGACAAGCCUCGACCUCAAAACUCAGUUGGAGGAUGUGUCCACAAGCGUUCAACAGAAUCGUCUGCAGGGGCCAACGUGCUCGCUAGAAAAUGUCUGUUCUCCCAAAACAAAAACUCAAGUUUCUCUGCUGCCAACUAGAAGUUGUUAGGAGUUUCCCCAACUUUUGUUGGUAUUUUUAAUUUGUGCUGACGUCAUCCACUCAAUUACAAGUUAAAUCACAAGUCAUGUCAUAAGAGCUACAGAAGCAGGGCUACAAGCAAUGACAAAGGAAUGCCUUUGUCUAUUCAUUUGAGCCGUGACGACUUGAGCUGUGAUUUACUCGCGAGAACUUGAUUGAAACUCUGGAUACAAGUGUUAUUUGUUGGAGGCCAUUGAAUGGUGGUCGGCGUUAUCCGUGGCUCGCUACCAUAUGUGGCACUUCUUCUCAGGGUUCAUGACACUCCCUUUGGGACACUUGAAGGCCUCUGAGAACUCCUCCGUGUUGGAAAAUGUGCCGAUAACCCUGCCAGAGUGACAGAAAAAAAUGUCAUUUAAAAAAAAAAAGAAAAAAAGCUCAACAAAAUUCGGUCAAAGCUAGAGGAUUGGAGUUGCUCGUCUACCGAUGACAGCACUAACAGGUAACAAACAAACCACGAAUUACCAUUUUUGAUGGCAGGGUUCAUGCACUUUGCAGACGCAGUGAAAAAAAUUUGAAGGAUUUAACACUUUCAGAAGUUAAACUUGUUUGCAGUUUCAAGUGUUACAUAUGAUGAUGCCUUUUGUAAGAGGACUCCAAAACAAAAUGAACAAUAAAAGAAUCAGUAAGAACCGAAA